AUGGCUCUCCACAAUAGUCCAUGGAGGAACCACAACAGCACCUUCCCCCUCAAAGAGUCUUACAUCUCAGAGCAAGGGGAGACUGUAAUUGGCAUCUACCUGCUGAGUCUUGGCUGGCUCUCCUGGUUUGGAAACAGUGUGGUGAUCUUUGUGCUCUACAGACAGAGAGCAACACUACACCCGCCAGAUUACUUAACCUUUAACCUGGCCAUCUCCGACGCCAGCAUUUCACUCUUCGGCUACUCCCGUGGGAUUAUAGAGAUUUUCAAUGUAUUCCGAGAUGACGGUUUUCUGAUUACAUCUAUAUGGACCUGUCAGGUUGACGGUUUCCUCACACUUCUGUUCGGCCUGGUUAGCAUUAAUACACUGACAGUGAUCAGUAUCGUAAGAUACAUUAAAGGCUGUCAUCCAUACAGAGCUCACUGUAUCAGCCCGGGGAGUAUAAUCGUGUCGCUGACCCUGGUCUGGGCUGCUGCUCUCUUCUGGUCUGGAGCACCACUGUUCGGCUGGGGAAGUUACACAGACCAGCUGUACGGGACAUGUGAGAUCGACUGGGCCAGAGCAAUGUUCUCCACCGUUUACAAAUCCUACAUUAUCUCGGUCUUUGUCUGCUGCUUCUUUCUGCCGGUGAUUGUCAUGGUCUUCUCUUACGUCUCGAUCAUCAAGACGGUGAAGUCAAACCGGGCGUUGACGGGAGGUGCCGAGGUGGGAGAGCGCCAGAGGAAACUAGAGAGGGAUGUGACUCGGGUCUCCAUGGUGAUCUGCACGGCGUUCCUCAUUGCCUGGUCACCGUACGCGGUAAUCUCCAUGUGGUCAGCAAGCGGCCGAUAUGUCCCAAAGCUCACCAGCCUGCUCGCCAGCCUGUUUGCCAAGUCUGCCAGCUUCUACAACCCCAUCAUCUACUUCGGGAUGAACUCCAAGUUUCGCCGGGACGUCUGCGUACUCCUGCUCUGCGCCGCGGACAAGGAGGGAGUCAAACUCAGGCGGGUGAAGCGCUGCCCAGAGAGGGACCUGGAGCAGGAGGCAGCGGUGCCCAGGGGCAGUCUCAGCUCGGGGCAGCAGAGCCCGGGACACGGCGAGCGGGAAUGGUCCUACCUUCCCAACAGCCAGAACUCUGGCUACGUGUGUGAGAGGUUGUAG